ACGAAACAUUCUGAUGUUGGUUGCGACAGUGUGCAGACGUUCCUCUCCAUCGUUUUAUCCGUAUCUUUUCGAAUGUGUAGAAUUGUUCGUUGGCCGCCAAGAUUUGCUGGUGAUUUUCUUUAGUUGGUGCUAUAAGGGGAUACAGUGGAGAAAAGUGAAUUCCAACUUGCACGGAUUAUUCAAUAAUUUUCUACUCCAUUGAAAAAGUAGCUGGAAAAUCUGUUACAGUGAAUAUAGCAUUUAAUGUGAUACACAUGUAAAGCAAAAAGUAACGCAUGAUCUUUACAGUAACCACAGAGUGAAAAGUGUUUUCUACGUGAAAAUCUGUCAUCGCAAUAUUUCAACCGCUCCUUCGAUAUAUCCGAUAUAUAUUGAGUACUGCUUCUGUUAGAAUUUUUGGAUGCAGUAAAAGUUUUUAAGUUCAACAGGAAGUAGUUGAUUCCCUGCAUUUGGAAACAAACAUCUGGAUUGUAAAAAAAUAACAUAUGGUAUAGCGGAUUAUUGCAGUGUCCACUGAUUGGAUCGCCAAUCGAAGAUGUAUUUUGGAUAUAUUGUGAUAAUUCAAUCAUGCAUCCUAAUAACGUGUCAUUUUCAGAGGUGCUUGUGUUCAAAACGAACUGCCACAUCAGCUCGUAUUUUGGCGGCACGAACGGGAGCUACCCAGUUCCAGGAAAACACUGAUAAGGAUAAAAAUGAUGAGCAUAUUGAGCAACAGAGAAGAUUUCAAAAACGAUUAAUACUUGACAGUGCUAAUGUUGAUUUCGAAAAUUAUCAGGGCGUUGUUGGGCGCCCAGGAAUCGAUUUUCCAAUAUUAACUGGGAUUCCAAACACAAACUUCAAUUGUCGACAAUAUGGCAAUGGUUAUUUCGCAGAUCUGGACACUAAAUGUCAGGCUUUCCAUAUAUGUGAUGAAGGCAAAAAAAUAUCAUUUUUGUGUCCAAAUGGUACCAUAUUUCGCCAGCUAGAUCUAAUCUGUGAUUGGUGGUUCAAAGUGGAUUGUGCAGCAGCACCUAAUCAUUACGCGGAAAGUUCAGAGAUGCUUACCCAAGCCCAACGUGCUAGAAUUCAAAGCAAACACCCAAUUCCGCAGCCUAUCAAAUCCCCAGAGCAAUUUUCUUUGAAUGUACAACGUAAACACACACUUUUAAAUAAUCCGUUUGAGCCUAACUAUGAUGCAAUUACCUUUAAUCGUCGAAUGGAUACCAGUGUAGAGCAAUCAGAUGAAAGUAUAGACUUUGUAGAUAUAUCAUUGAAACGAAGCAAUGGUCAAAAAACAAAUAAAAACUUCAAAUCUGAAAACACAGAUUCAGGGGAAUCUCAAGCUACAGCUGAAACUGCAUCAUUUCUUCGCAAUGGAAAAAGGCUAGAUGGCUACAGUUAUCCAUUACCCAUGAGAAUAGUUGGUUCUGAUGGAACCGACAACGAUGGCUAUAAUUAUGAUAAACCACUUAAGUUGAUUGACAAAUCUGACAAACGAGAGGAAUUAUCCCGAACUGCAAAAAUUCUUAACAACCAUGGAGAAACAUUUAGUGCUAAGAAUUCUUUCAAUUUUAAUGCCAAACCAUUUAUUGCCAGAACAACUGAUCCUACUCCCACAUCUACAACCACCAGACAACAACCUAUAAAAGCGACGACUGCUACCUCAGGAAGUCGUGGAAGUACGACCCAUCAGACUAGCACCUUAAAUCAAAAAACAGCUGAACACAACCUCAAUUUCCCAGCUUAUACAACGGCAAGAAAACCAAAUACAAAGAUCAAGGAUAAACCAUUUUAUACACCUACCAUUCCUACUAUACUAAAUAGAGCUUCACCUGAAAACACAACACCCGCAAUUCCAACAACACCUUCGCAAUCAGGUGCCGCAGAACACGCUAUGGAAAUGAUGAAAACUCUUCAGAAACUCGAGAUGUCAGAAACGGCACUGGAGAGUCGACCGGGAGUAGAAGUGCCACCAUCCUCCGGACCGAACGCACUGCAUUCAUUAGCCCUUUACUUUGCCAACGAUUCUGAAAAUAAUACAGCAGCAACUGUUACUCCUGUUAUUACACACCUUCAAACAGAGCAGCCAGAAAUGGAGAAUAGCCGGAUUUCCGUUAGUGCAAAAUUAUUUAGCCAAAAAACGAUUGAUAAAUAUCAACAAUUAUUUGAUGUAAAAAAUCCUAGCACUACUACUGAAAGUUUAGAUUUUGAGACACGAAUUGCUGAUGAUAGUAGUAAUGAUCUAGAAGGACAAUUUUCAAGACAUCCAAUAUUUGGUGCUUCUGGUUCACCUCAAAUUCGAGAACUGGCACAAGUUUUCACACAUGCGCUAUCCGCAUAUCUACAGGAUCCAGAAUCAUUUCGUCGUAUUUUGUCAGAAAUAAGACCAAAAGAACCAGCGUACUUCCGAUUUUCCAAUCAGAUCGAUAAUAGAAUCAACCGAAACGAUGAUAUAUCUACUGAUGAAGCAGCCUACAUCUCUUUGCGGCAGCAAGCAACACAAUCGCCACGAAGUAUUGUUACGGAAGACCUGGAGGUUCUGGAUUUUUCUGAUUUUGUUCCAUCAACUACCGUUAAAACGGAAAUACAUACCUCCAACAUUGAAACAACUACAGAGUUUCCUUUUACAACAACUUCUACGAAUGUGAAACAGGCUGCAGUUUUACCUAAAAUUAAUGACGGAAAAAAGAAAGCUUCAGUAUCAAACCUGAUAUCCGAUAGUUUGGAGAAGAGUGCAGUCAGUUACAAAGAACGUCAACCAAAAGCGUUGGAAACAUCUCUCAAAGCAGACAGUAAAAAUGAAUUGGCCGAUGAAGUCAAUGAAGAAUUAGGCACUUUAAAGCCUCCAGCAUUUCAAGCCGUCGAAAGUAUCGAGGAAACAGAUGACAAAAUUGACAAUUCCAGCUAUUUUCCAUUACAAAAACAAUUUCUAAAAAAAAAUACACCAGAUCCAUAUGGUAAAGAUGUCAAACCAGCCAACAGUACACCAAUUAUUGAUACAUAUCCCACCGCACUCUCCGAUACUCAAGCGGUUCCACUACGCUGGGGACAAGAUCUUAGUGUUAUCACAACAACAACUGAUUCUACACCAACAGUAUAUUUCGAUUUACUUCCUCCACAUAACCAAAAGCUCAGACGACCUAGCUCAAUUUUUCAACCACCAGAGCAAGAUUUGUUAGAGGACGAUGAACAAUUACAACGAGCUCAAAGUCAAUCCAUAGUUGCAAAUCGUAAUCAGAUUGAUAUGAGCAAACAAACCAAAACGAUAUACAGUUUUUUGAACUUAGAUAAAGAAUUGCAGGCAAAUAUAAAGAACUUUUCUGCAGUUUCUAAUGUCACAAAAGUCACUACGCCAAGCACUCUAAAGGGUCAUUACAUUACCAAAACGUUUGCCAAGGAAAAUCACGUUGCAGCUACGACAGUCUCUCUAAAUCAUGUUACACAAUCUAUUCCAGAUGUAGGUAAAAUAACUCCCAAUUCAAGAACGACUCUCUCGUAUACAGUAUUUCUCGAUCCACUUACUAUCAAUGAUGGACUUAUGCAUUCCCAAGAGGAAGAGAAGACAACCAUAUUGAAUGCCCAUACCUAUCUUCCAAGAAGCCAAAAAACAUCAACAAGAUCGAUAACCGCUUUCACUACACCGUCUACUAUCAGCAUAACUGGUCCUUCCACGCGACGCGGAAAAAACGUUCGUACUAGACUAAGUAAUGAAGAAUCAAAUGAAUUACUUGAAACUAUGCAGAGGAAGGCGAACCAAAUGUUCGGUGAUCUGAACGAUUCUGAAGCAGAUCAUUUGAUGAAUGUAAUGAAAACAGCGGAUACAAACAAAUCUGUUCGAAGACUUAUUCUUCUUCUGAUUCAAACCUGUGACGAUGACUACAAUAAAACUGUUGAGGAUUCCAGGAAAGCUUUACUCAACGCGCUAAUUAACAUGGACAGUUCUGAAAAUGAUAGUAGUGAGAUUAGAAUUGUGACAUCUGCGUCACAUAAAAGAAGAGAUUUGAAUAAAACGUCCACCAGAACUACCACAGUAACCCCAUUAACUACGUAUCAGGAUACACAGUUUGAUAAAUUCAUCGGUACAACGACAGGCACGGAUUUGAAACAUUUAGAAAAUCUUGAAACCACUACACAACCGUUUGAAGAUACAAAGUCAACAAAUCUUGAUUUAUCUUUUGAGGCGUCCACAAAAUUUGUAGAACAAAGAUUCAACAGUGGGGAAUCAGAGUCCAGCACAUCAACUAGUUUCUUUUCAGACCAGUACACUACAACCAGCCUCCCGACGACAACAAUCGAUUAUGAAACUACAACAGCGGCACUGACUACGACAGAGUUACCAACAUCAACCGAACUCUCGACUUUUGUGACAAAUAGAUUACCGGUUGAACAAACGACACCUGUGAUUAAAGGCGGUUCGCGAUUGAGACCUCACUCCAGUAACCGAGUACAAAAGAGUUUGGGGACAGCAGAUGAAUAUGUUGCAGAAUCGAACAACAGUUACUCAAAUCACCACUCGGAUACCAGAGCCCUAGAGUUGCUUAGAUCGUUAUAUUCUUUGGCAUCACGAUGGGGUUAAAAAUAACAUAGAACAUUGAAACGAAAAAACGGCAAUUAAAGUCUAUCAGACGUUUUUUCUUGACAAAAAUGAUUUUUGGACCCAUAGUAAGCAUCCGUUUCGGGUCGGAAAAGUCAGGAAUUAUAAUGUAAAAAGCGUCGUUUAUGAUUUUUUGACUCCUCGUUAUCUAUUCGAAUAAUCAUUUUAAAUGCUAUAAACUAGUAGAUUUUUUGAAAUAUAUUAAGCCACUACUAGUAUUGGCUAGUUGUUACUUCCUCGGGGAACAUUCGUAUAUUACGUAACGUGUUUAUAAGAGGGGGUAUUCAGCCAAGCCCACAAGCCAGCCCCAAGUUAGUAUUGAAAUUGCCGAAUUUUGUGUUCCAUAAUAUACGAAUGUUCCCUCAAAUUGGAAAACAUGUGCUUUGUUGUUUUUCGCUCAUAAAUAAUGCGAAUUUUUUUCUGCAAAUAAAUAUCGAAAGAAAAGUUAUUUAUUCCGAAUGUGUUGAGCUUAACAGUUGAUCGCAGUAUUUAUGCAGUGUUUAAAUAUGAACGAAUGAACGUAAACCUGAAAUCCUAAUAGAUGAUCAUAAAGCCCAACAUAAUUUUGAGCAGAACACAACAGUCUUCGAAAUUCAGAUGCGUCAAGCGUCAACUUAAAUCAUCAUCAAACAUCUUAUUUACAUUUUCGUUAAUAAUUCAAAACUUGCAAAAAAUAUUGGUCUUUUUCGAGAUCCUUUAACAUGAUGGAACAUUUUUUAUAAACUUUCACAUCCGUAGAAAACCUUUUGUGUAAAACGUUUUAUUUACAUGUUAUUAUUCUGUAAAGAUUUUUGUCAUUCUGCCAAGCGAACGAAUUGAUGACGACCGAUGAGGAGAUAUAAUCAGCUCCGAGAAAAAUUCAAUCUAAAAGAAACAUAUUAGAAACACACUACAUUCCUUAUGUUACCAUCCAGAGCUCCUGUCAUAUUUUUGUGUUGAAAAACUGACGCGAGCACUGGGUGUCUUAAAGUAUCUUGUUAAAAUUGGUGCUGCAAAAUAUUGCAGCUGCAUAUUUUGAAACAAAAAAUGUUUUGCUUUUUUGUACUGUCAAAUCUUGAAUUUCUGUUACAAGUAAAAGGUCAAAUUUUGUGUUGUUAAUAACUUCUUAGAAAAAGACAAACGGCCAACAACGUUUUGCAAGAUUGAUUUGAUACUUGAUAUGGAAAUUUAAAACCUGUUGUAAGUGUUAGCGAAUAAGCAAGUCGAAUUUAAUGUAUAUAUACUACUAAAACGGAUUUUUACGAUGAUUCAUGUUCAAAUUUGUAUUGAUAUAUAAACUACGUAUAUAUCAUUAUCACUGCCUGAGCCAUAUUUAUUAUAUUAUUGUUAAGAAUAUACUGAAUAAGUGUUGCGUAUUGUUGAAAUGGGGUUCGUUACCAUGCAAUAAAAAUGUGUCAUUAUUUGUGGAUAUCGUUAUAAUUAUUACCUACGCUUUAUUUCAAAAUAUCAAGCCCAACCAAAAUUUAAAAUAGAGCUUGUAUACACGUACCUGGUCGUAGACAUUACUUGUCAAUAGAGGUUAGAUUUUUAACUGCUGGAUAUUUGUAUACGAGCUCUACACUGCCGUGAGAUGACAAAGUGACGUAAGUGCCACUUUCUCGAAUAUGGGUUUUUCAUGCCAAUUUGUUCAUUAUUCGAAGACAUAUCUUUUGGUAUCUUCCUUUUCGUUGUUACUUAUUCGUACGUUGUAUAAAAUCAAAAAAAAAAAACAAAGUGACGUUGGCACCCAUUUCCAUACAAAAGUGACGAAGAAUUCUUUCGUUUUUGGGCCGUACUGAAAAACUGUUCACUUGGAUCUACGUCACAAUGUCAUCUCACGGCAGUACACGAAUCCCCUUAUUAUUUUAGUUUUACAACAGAGUACUACGAGCUAUUUGGACAUACAUUGUUUACUAAACUAUUCACUCUACAUACUACCAACAUUUUGGAACUAAGAUACAACCAACCAGUAACAGAUAGCAUAGCUGAUAUAAAGAGAAUGAGGUAAUUCAUAUAGGUACUUUUUCCUCUUAUGGAAGAUAUAAUUUAAAGGCGAUAAUACGCUAGUUUGUCAUAUACGCUAUACGGACAACACUGGGACAACUCAGAGUUGCUUUUUUGAGUUUUUGAUGGUAUGGUCAAGUGCUCUUAAAUUUCAUUCCACGCCUUUGCAAAGUUUUCAAAAUCAAAAAAACUGAUAGAUUUUUACCGAAUUUUUUAUAGCAUGUACAAAAUAGAUCCAAAGCUCGCUAGCCCCACACGUGUACCUCAAACAGCUGGCCACAAAGUCGGUGUAUAAUAUACAGAAGAUCAAGCUUCGAAUCGAAAUGUAGUAAAAAGACUUUGCUUAGCUUGAGGUUUUCUAAACGGUAUUUUUUAUACACGUUUUUCUCGUAACUGUAAAUUCUGAUUUGUACCAGUGUUACAUAAAAUCCUAGUAUUUUCUAGGGAUUAUCCUAGUAUGAUAAUCUCAGACAGUAAGACAACGGUUUAACCAACUCAAAAAAGUGUAUAUUUCAUUUAUGUUGUUCCGUUUACCGUAGCAGUUGAGUAGUUCAUAGUGCUACUGUUUAAAAAUCAUCCAUUUGAGACAAAGUUGUAAACAUAAACUAUUUUAGAAAAUAGAAGUAAAU